AGAAGAACAAAACCCACCCACGUGACUUGGCAACAUGGCUGCCUCCUGAAGGAAAGCGAGACAAAAUGUCAAAACCAGCAGUGUAUUAUUUAUGAACUUUUAUUCUUAUUAUUAAAGAUAUUGUUGUCAGCAUUUGUGUAUAAUAUAAGCAUUCGGCGAGAUGUUUAGCGCCACGGUGCGGAGGUUAGCGCUCUCGGGCCGGAAGAAGGUGUCGGCGGAAGGUGAGCUCCUGCACCGCUGUCUGUCUGUCAGCUCCUGCGCGUGUGGAAAAACUUUUCCGCGUAAAAAGCCCCGGGAUGUUCCUGAAAUCCAGGCACUGGAGCGCAUCACCUACGCCGAGAGGAAGCACUAUGUUCCCGGCUUGGCCAAGCCCGUGUUCCCGGACUGGGAGAAGGACUGGCACGACCCGCGCAGGUACCGAGCUCCUGCAGCCGAGAGCAUGGAGCUGUACAAGGAGAGACCGUGUUACAUCUACACCCAGAGAACCAACCCGCUGGAAGGUGUGAGACAGGCCCUGUGGCUCACCAAGACUAAAGUCGUCCCAGGUUUUCCCGCUCAGCUCCUGGCGUUAGCGGAGAAUCCGGCCAAUCAGCUGGAGGAUCAGGAUGAGCGAGUGCAGAACGCAAUCAGACACGCCCGCUUCUGGGACACAAACCAACUCCGACCCCCUAAAGAGAGAUACUGUCCGUCUCUGUUACACAACCUGCUCCACCUGUGCCGAGGACUGCAGGUCUCUCAUCCGGCGCUCGGACACAGGAUGCUGGCGGAGAAAUACAGCCUGUCGGCCAGCUGGACCAGAGGUGAGGAUCAGUUCCAGGUGCGAGGGCAGAACGGCUUCCUGUUAAGCAGCACGACUCCACUUCCUGCUGUGGCCGGAGACGAGGAGAUCCGCUCCACGUCUGAUAACCUCCUAGAGACCUUCUACCCCAUCUCCCCCACCAUCGAUCUGCAGUGUGCCCACGUCUACCAGCUCCGAAACCACACCGGUUUCAGAGAGGAUUACCCGUACCCUCACGCUCACACACUCUUCAUCACGGAGGCUGGAGAUGCGCCUAAACUCGAACCCGAGCAGCUGAGAGCUAAACUCAUCAUGUUUGCGUUCGGGAACGCCCUCGCCCGCGCCCGCGCACUAUACGGGAACGAGUCCAGGGUUCUGGAGAAGCCCGUCGUCGUGCAGAGUGUCGGUACCAGCGGCCGUCUCUUCCAGUUCGUGGUUUUCCAGCUGAACACCACGGACCUGGAGUCGGACAGCGGCGUGAAGAACCUGGCGUGGGUCGACGCCGAUCAGCCGCUCUACGACUUCGCCAAGGUCCGGCCGUUCAUCAAGAAGAAGGUGGUGAAGGUUCCUGCUGGUUUGGCCGGAUAUCAGCCCGAAACCUUCAAGAAGUUCCUGGCGCUUUACCUGCACGGGGCCGCAAACUGAAACCGACCGCUGCUUCUUUUCUUUCUCCUCCCUGUAAGUUUAAUAUUUCAUCGUCAUGUAAAA